GACGACUUGAGCGAUUCCUUUGCAUCUUGUGAAGAAGACAAUGGAGGAGUGAUGGUGUCCAACAAGAACCUCAACAAAGAGAUCAAUGGCAAUUGGCUCUCUGUUUCCAGCAACACAGUCCAUGAGGCACGUCUCAAGGCAAAAGCCAAGCGGAGGCUGAGAAAGAACUCCUCCAGGGAUUCUGGCAGGGGGGACUCCCUCAGUGACAACGGGGAAGUUGUCAGGGGUUCCUCAGCACCCACAAGCCCAAAGAGCAAGCUGCUGGACAGAAAGUCCCGACUUGGCAAGGGCAGAGGCCUGCCAAAGAAAGGUGGAGCUGGAGGCAAAGGUUGUGUGGGGCAGGUCGGGGGAAGUCUAUGAGCCAGAGGUGGUAGACGAGAAGACCCCAACUAUGAUGAAGCUCAGGUGAAUUGUGUGUAUGAGACUUUGGUGCCCCCACUGGAUGAGGCGGACUUUGAGAAGACCGUCACCCCCAUAGUGCAAGAGUACUUUGAGCAUGGUGACACAAAUGAAGUAGCG